AUGAGCAAGGUAGACCUUCACAACUAACAAAGGGUUUUAAGUUUAUUUUGUUUUACGUUUUCUGGGUUCAUGGAGAAGAUGAGUGGGAGUACGGAAACAAUUAAUAUGAUGUCAUCUUCUUGUUGGCAAAUGAAGCAGGCCGGAGGAUGACUAGGCCGGACAGUUGACCCUCAACCCUAGCUAGACAUGGGGCGAGUUAAAGACAGGGAAGCCAACUUUAAGAAACAAAAUUAUGCGGAACUGCGGAAACAGCAUGUGGAGGAAAAGACGCUGUUUAUCGACCCAACAUUCCCUGCUGUGGAUGCCAUUAUUGGAACAGACAGCAUUCCUUCCAAUAUACAGUGGAAGAGGCCUCCGGAUAUCUGUGACAACCCGCGGCUGUUUGCAGACAUAGAGACGUCGCGUGUCGUGCGACCUGGGGAGCUCAGCUGUAACUGGGUAGUGUCAGCUUGCGCCGUGUUGGCUGGCGUGAGGGAACUGUGCAACAGGGUGAUUCCAGACUACUGGCAGCAAGAAUGGUCUGACCAAUACUGCGGUCUGUUCCACUUCCAACUGUGGAGGUUCGGAGUGUGGACGGACGUUGUGGUGGACGAUCUGCUGCCUACAGUGGACAACGUGCUGCUGACUACCCAGGCCGGGGCUAACAACGAGUUCUGGGCUGCUCUACUGGAGAAGGCGUACGCCAAGCUACAUGGGUCCUAUGACGCCCUAAGGGAGGGACACCUAUGUGAUGCUCUGGUGGACUUUACCGGUGGUGUGUCGGAGGUUGUUGAUCUACAGGCUGAAGGUUACGCAGACAGUGAGGACCGACGGGCAGCUCUUCUUGACACUCUACAGACUGAAGUUUCUGACCACUCUAUCAUGUGUUUUACUGCUGCUGCCCCAGUGUACACUGACAUUGGUACUAGAACACCGCUGGGGCUGAGCAGAGGCCACGCCUACCAUGUCACUGGAGUCAAGAAAGUGCCUCUUGGAGAGACUAACCUUCGAACGUUGUUCAAAGGAAGAGAAAAAGUGGUUAUGGUUCGUUUGCGAGACCCUAGAGAAGAAGGUCGUCGACCCCCUACUGGACCAAGUGAGGAUGGCCCAGAAAGUGAGGGACAGUACGCGUACUCCACAGCCACCCUGAGCCGAUUGUUGUCCUCUAACUCUGAUUGGUCCAGAGUGAAGGAGUCUGAACGUCAAAGGCUCGGGCUGCACUUCAACGACAAGGCUGAGUUUUGGAUGCCUCUAGAAGACGUAGUUACACACUUUACCGAACUGGUGAUUUGUCGUCUGCUCAAUCGUAACUUGUUCGCCGUAGCUCGACGUGAGUGGCGUGAGGCUGUGUUCUCCGACUCUUGGCGCUGCGGCGCAUUCGGUACCUCCGCAGACCGAGCGGGCGGCGCAGAGGACACAUUUCUGCGCAAUCCUCAGUAUAUCUGUGAUAUUAAGAAACAAGAAGAGGAAUUGCUGGUUCAGUUAUUGCAAUUUCAUGAAAUUGACAAUGAAUCUAAUGGAUUCACAAAUUUCCUUAUCAACUUUUUUAUAAUCAAGGUAGAAGAGAACCGUCAGACACGGCUACACAAGCAGUUUGACCACACGCCCACUGUGGUGAGGUUGGACCACAAGCGGAAGCGGGAGUUGAACUACCGAGGGUGCCUGGCCGCCGGCCGCUACAUCAUCAUCCCCACCACCUUCCGAGCUGCUGACACGACCAACUACAUGCUGCGAGUGUUCUCUCAGAACGACAUCAACCUCAGGGAGCUAACCAAUGAUCUGCCCAAGAGUCUGUUAUGUUCGUGUAUUUCUGGCAAUGCUGAGUGGGUUACUGUAGUCACCGUACACAACGCAGAGCUGAAUGCUGAGCCUGGAAAAUGGUCGUCCAAGCUCAACCCCUAUUGUGUGCUAACCUGUGAAGGCAGCAAAGAGAAAACUAAGGUUUCUUCAGACUUGGAUCCUGUGUGGGAAAGUUCCUUUGUGUUCUACAGAAAAGACAUUGAUAAGCCUUUGAGAGUACAGGUCCUAAAUCAUAAUAUGAUUUUGCCUGAUGAGGUUUUGGGUGAAAGCGAACUGCCGGCGCUUGUGAAUCAUUCCCCCACUCCACUGGCAGUCACGCUUAACUCACCCGAGAAACCCAAGGACCCGGACUCACCCUUGCCACCCACGGGUGUUGUCUUUCUCACCAUCCUUAGUGAAGACAACCUUAUGGCUGUGUGAUGAGAUUAACUAUUUUUGUGUGAUUUCAUUUCUCUUUUUUGUCAUCUUUGUAGUAAAUUUUUAUCCUUUUAUUUUUCUCAAUUUUAGGGAAAAGUAAUGGAAUAUAAUUGACAUUCCCAUCUGGAAUGUUGUAUUUUUUGAGAGUUAUAAUGCUUGAACAAAUUUCUCAAGGUUUUACUAAGCUUUUUAUUGAUUGUAGGAUUAUUUAUUUUUAUUUUACUUAACUGUGUAUUUUAGCUGUUGUUUUAUACAAAUACGCAAAAGGCGACAUAGCUGUAAUGUUUGUGAUAACGGAAUAGUCACUUUUAUCUUAAGAAGAUUUGCUUAUCUUAGGAAGAUUUGCUUUGUCUUAAGAAGUUGGAUUAGCUUUGGCGUAAUAUCAUACUCUUGAUUUUUAGUGCUCAGAUUUAUUAGUGCUUGUUUACAUUUUAGUAAUCAGAAGGUCGCUGGUUCGAUCUUGAAAAAAGUCAGAAGCUUUUUGAUGGUUGGAAACUGAAUCCAGCUGUCCUCAAGUGGGCUAUAAUUGUAAUACACUGUAACUCAAAUAAUAUGGAGUUGAAUUCUUAGUUACCUCACAAAACUAAGAAAAUGCUUGCAAUAGUGUCUGCUGUAAAGGACUAUGCACUUAAAUAGCUUCUGGGAAUGAUAAUUUCCCAACUAGAAAAAUUAUAUACUUAAUUAUUGACCUGUUGGAAUAUAAGUACAGUAUUGGGGUAUUUUUUUUAAGUGCUAAAUGUCUAUGACUAUGUGUAGUCCUAAAUACAAGUACAUAAUUUUACAAGUGAAGUAGAUAUAAUGUUUUCACUCACUAAGGCCCUGUACACAUGUGGGCGGCAGUUGCCUCGGUUGCUAUCGCCCGGGAACUGUGGCAUUUGAAAGUACAAGGGAGCGAAUGGGACCGUUCACAUGCAACCGCCCACUUCCAAUCAACUGCAACAAACCGCAGCGGUCGUAGUUUUCCCUUCGACCGCCGCGGCUCCCGUGCGGUUGGAGUUACUAGAGUUGACAUGAGGGUGGUAGCCGCCACGGUUGGCUGCAGUUGCUACUAGGAUCACAGACAUCUGCGCGCUUGCCCUGUGGACACCGCUCUCUGUGCGUUGGUGAAGUGUGUAGCUGUGGCUGGAGUUGAUUUAGUGCUUGUAGCGUAAGUUUACUAUGGCCAUGCGUGCUGUUGUGGAACCAGAAAACUUUGACACUGAACUGUUCAUUGAAGAAGUACAAAAAUGAUGCAUUUGGGACAUACAAUGCAACAACAAAACAUUGCGUGGCAAGAGUUAGUUGAGUUUUUUUGCUGAAAAGAAUUGUCAAGCGUAAAAAAAGAAAAAAUUGGGUAAAUACAGUACUGGCUGUCAAAAUCGCGGCGGCAGCCGCUGCCAUAUGUACGGUCCCAGGCGGGCGCCGCAACGUGUGUACAUGGCCUAAGUGAUGAUUAGAUUAGACUGAUGUUUGCUUUAAUACUGAUUGCAACUUCAACUAAUAGGAGAAAUAGUUUUUGUAGUUAGUUGUCACCGAGUACUUAUACAUUCUGGAUCUCAAACGCAAACCUCUAAUGUCCUCCUAUCCUCAAUAAUUGCUCAUCAUCUGUUUAAUUGGACGGAAUCCAAUCUAGUAAAUACCCUUAAUAUGUUUGAGUAAAGUUAUUUUUGUAGGAAAAACUGAUGGUUAAAAAGU